AUGUUUAGUGUUGUGAUCCAGAUAUUUUAUUCGGUGCUAGCCACCUUCCUUGGACUUUUAGCUGUAUGGCUACUCAUAUGUAUCCUUUAUCGUGUCACCCGUGGAUUCUUUCGGCGAAAGAAAGGAAAAAGACGACAGAAACCAGUAUCUGUUAUGAUUGUUGUUGGAUCGGGUGGCCACACCACAGAAAUUUUGCGACUGAUGAGUGGAGUUGAAGGAAAAUAUUAUCCCCGACACUUUGUGGUUGCCAGAUGUGAUCGUAUCAGUGAAAAGAAAAUCCAUACCUUUGAACACCGACGAGUGUAUGGCUCUGAAGCUGAGAAAAAUUACAAAGUUCACCGUAUCCCACGCAGCCGAUCAGUCGGUCAGUCAUACAUCACUUCUAUACUGACCACACUUUAUGCCAGCCUCUACUGCUUCCCAUUGGUCUGCAAAAUUCGACCAAAUGUGAUUUUAUGCAAUGGUCCUGGCACGUGUAUCCCAUUGUGUUUUGCUGGACUUUUUUUGAAGCAUCUACUUCUGUUGGAUAUUAACAUUGUCUACGUGGAAAGCCUGUGUCGGGUGCAGACCUUGUCACUGUCAGCUCGUCUUCUCCUCCCUAUUAUUGAUCACAUCCUAGUGCAAUGGCCACAACUGAAGGAAAAAUAUCCAGAAUAUAUCCACAAGUGUUUUACAAAAGCAAUUGAGGCCACAGGUUAUUUAUUGCUAAGGAUCAGCUAA